CCGCCGCUGUGGAUCGCCCUUGAAUCGCUACGUCUACUCUCAAGCUAAGGUCUAGAAAGAUUAUAAGAGACAAGUGCCUUUCCUAAAGCCUCUUUCUCUUCUUGCCUAUAGUUUUAGCUUUGACAUAGAAUCUGUACCAGUCUUUUUCCUUUUCCUUCUCUUGUCUGUUCGUUGUGGCGAUUUGCCUCAUUUCGACGCUCUUUAACAGUCAAGGCUUUCGAUAAGAUCGACGUCCAGACUCAGGCUUCAGAAACGAUGGUGAACGAGCUAGACGGGCCUGGUCCAUUCGGACCCGUAGUCAACGGAACACAGAUCGUUUUCUACAACUACCGACCGAAUGGAGGGGCAGGAUGGGCGUUUCUCGUCAUUUUUGGGCUCGGCGUACUCCUUCACAUCGGCUACAUGUUCUGGCUAAGAGCAUGGCAUUUCAUACCCUUCAUAUUAGGCGGCGUUGGCGAAGCAUUUGGUUAUUAUGGACGCGCAAAGGCUCAUGAGAACCCCAUUGUAGCUGGGCCAUACAUCUUACAGAACCUCCUGAUUCUCGGAUCACCGCCGCUUUUCGCCGCGACUAUUUACAUGAGUCUCGGCCGCAUCAUUAUCGCACUCGAUCUCCGUCGCCACGCCUUUGUCAGCCCGCGUCUCACGGCCUUCUUUUACGUCAUCAUCGACAUUGGUUGUUUCGUAACCCAAGUCUUUGGUGCCGUCAUGCCCGCAUCGGGAGAUCCUGAAGGUAUCAAGAUGGGAAAGACCCUCAUUAUGUCCGGUCUGGCGGCCCAACUCGGCGUCAUCACCCUUUUCGUGCUUUCCUGCUGGCACUCUUAUACCUGUGCUCGACGCGAGGCGAACGACCUGAACGCGACAAGGGCGGGCAUCGCGUGGAGGAAGUAUUACCUGAUGACGUACGGCGUCGCCUCUCUCAUGUUUUUGAGAAGUUUGGUUAGGGGCGUCGAAUAUUUCCAGGGCGAGAAUGGGUACAUCAUGACUCACGAGAUCUUCUUGUAUCUCUUUGAUGCCGUUCCCAUGGUGGCGAUUAUGGCCUUGUAUCUCUGGAUUCAUCCUGGAAGGUUGGUUCGAGACGUUGGCCGCGUCAAAAACUACACUUGGCCUGAUGAAGCCAAUAUCAUGCUCGAGAGACACUGAAGCGGCAUCCUUGGAGGUUCCUAGGAUAGCCUACUCGUCGGGUUCAUGAUUUCAUAUCAAGCUAGA